AUGAAGGGCCGAUCGGAAGAAGACGACCGGGCGGUCCUCGCCGGAAUCAAUUCUCCGUCGCACCGGAAACCCAGUUCGUACAGCCAGCAGCUGCGGUUGACAACCGACACACAUCGGAAGCAGCAGCACCAGCACCAGCUCCGCAAGCACAGCCUGGACGAGAACCGGAUUCUGGGCCACGGCCACGGUUUCUACGGCGGUAAUCCGGACUCUUUGGAUGACAGAAAUCUCACUCGUUCUGCAAUCAUCACCAACAGGGGCAGCUGCGAGAAUGGGUCCGUGAGCGACCGUCACGUCCAAUACUCUGACUUGGAACCGGCGGCUGGCGAGAAGAAAGCGGCGAACGGCGAAGGAUCCGCCGAUGAGCUGCCGUCUCAACCUCUGCGGGAGUUUAUGGGGAGCGGUGGUGGGGUUGGAAUAUUCAGGGUGCCGAAUAGGGCGGCGGUGAACCCCAGACGCCCACCGUGUCUUGAGCUCCGGCCUCAUCCUUUGAGGGAAACUCAGGUCGGAAAAUUUUUAAGAACAAUCGCCAGCACAGAAACCCAACUGUGGGCAGGGCAGGAAUCAGGUGUAAGAGUGUGGAACUAUUCAGAUGCAUAUAAGGCAGGGAUAGGGAUUGGGGGAAGAGCAAGGAGGGGUGAUGAGGAUGCUGCUCCAUUUUAUGAAUCAGGCAGCACAUCACCAACAAUAUGUUUGGUUGUUGAUCAAGGGUGUAAGGUGGUAUGGAGUGGGCACAAAGAUGGUAAAAUUAAGUCUUGGAAGAUGGACCAGCAAUUUUCUGAUGAGAACGGUUUCGAGGAAGGUCUUUCCUGGCAGGCUCAUCGAGGUCCAGUUCUUUCCAUGCAGAUUUCUUCCUAUGGUGAUAUUUGGUCUGGAUCGGAGGGUGGGGCUAUAAGGGUUUGGCCAUACGAAGCUGUGGAAAAAUCUCUCUCUCUUUCACCGGAAGAAAAAAACAUGGCCACUCUGUUAGUGGAGAGAUCAUUUAUUGACCUGAAAAGCCAAGUCACAGUCAAUGGCACUUGCAGUAUAUCCUCUUCAGAUGUGAAGUGGUUGUUGACAGAUUAUGCAAGAAGCAGAAUCUGGGCUGUCGGGGAUGCUCGUACAAGGGAACUUCUAAAAGUAUUCAACAUAGAGGGUCAGAUUGACAACCGUGUGGACAUAUCAACAGUCCAGGACCAAGCCUCUGAGGACGAAAUGAACGUUAAGUUCGUUUCCAAGUCCAAAAAGGAGAAAUCUGGAGGCUUUCUUCAAAGAUCGCGCAAUGCUAUAAUGGGCGCUGCUGAUGCCGUUCGGCGGGUGGCAUCAAAGGGAGCUGGGGCUUUUGCAGAGGAUGGUAAAAGAACAGAAGCCAUAGUUCUUUCUGCUGAUGGGAUGAUUUGGACAGGGUCUUCUAGUGGCUUGUUAAUCCAGUGGGAUGGCAAUGGCAAUCGCUUGCAGGAAAUCACUCACCAUCCUUGUGGCAUCCUCUGUUUUUGCUCUUACGGUUCGAGAAUAUGGAUUGGGUAUGUGAGCGGCAUGGUCCAGAUCAUGGACCUUGAUGGAAAUCUGAUUGCCGGUUGGGUAGCGCAUAAUGGUCCCGUUAUAAAAUUGGUAGUUGGGAAUGGUUCUGUUUUUAGCCUGGCGACUCAUGGAGGUAUACGCGGGUGGAACAUUUCAUCGCCAGCACCUAUGGACAAUAUAUUACGUGUGGAAUUAGCCAAGAAAGAAAAAGAGUAUACCAGGCUGGAGAACAUCAGAAUUUUAGUCGGGACAUGGAACGUUGGCCAAGGAAGAGCCUCUCAUGAGGCUCUUAUGUCGUGGCUUGGCUCUACUUUACCAGAUGUUGGUAUUGUGGUUAUCGGGCUACAAGAGGUGGAAAUGGGUGCUGGUUUUCUUGCUAUGUCGGCUGCUAAAGAAACUACUGAUGCAGUUUUAUCUCUGUUAAAGGUAGGGCUAGAAGGAAGUUCUAUCGGACAAUGGUGGCAAGAUCACAUUGGCAAGGCUUUGGAUGAAGAAUCUACAUUUGAACGAGUAGGGUCUAGACAACUGGCUGGCCUAAUGAUAGCCAUCUGGGUGAGAAAAACUAUUAGGACACAUGUUGGAGAUCUGGAUGUUGCAGCAGUUGCGUGUGGUUUGGGCCGAGCAAUUGGUAAUAAGUUAGAUAGCAUAGAUUCAUUGCUGCUCGAUUUGCACUUGCAGGGAGGUGUAGGUUUGAGAUUGAGGGUAUUUGAUCGGAUAAUGUGCUUUACAAACUGCCAUUUGGCUGCACACCUGGAAGCAGUCAACCGGCGUAAUGCCGAUUUCGACCAUAUUUACCGGACUAUGACUUUCACCCGAUCAUCUAACCUUUUAAACAAUGCUGCUGGUAUGCUGCGCUACCUGUACUUGUCUUGCUCUCUUGUCUUCUCAACGUAUUUAUUUUGGAUGCUUUAUUCUUGUGGCUUGCCUUGGGUCCUCUCUAUUGCAGCCGGUGUCUCAACAGCUGCUCAGACACUUCGUGGUGCAGAUGCUACAACAGUUAACCCUGAUGAAGGAAGGCCUGAUCUUGCCGAAGCUGAUUUGGUUAUAUUCUUUGGGGACUUCAAUUACCGUCUGUUUGGCAUAUCGUAUGAUGAAGCAAGGGAUUUUGUUUCUCAAAGAAGCUUCGAUUGGCUUCGGGAGAAAGAUCAGCUGAGAGCGGAAAUGAAAGCUGGUAAAGUCUUCCAAGGAAUGCGUGAGGCACUCGUCAGAUUUCCUCCCACUUACAAGUUUGAAAAAGGAAAACCAGGAUUAGGAGGUUAUGAUUCUGGUGAGAAGAAAAGAAUCCCAGCUUGGUGUGAUCGAGUGCUAUAUAGAGAUAAUAGAGCUUCUCAUAUGGAACCAUGUAGUUUAGAGUGCCCAGUGGUUGCUUCCAUAUUACUCUAUGAUGCGCGUAUGGAUGUGAUCGAGAGUGAUCAUAAGCCUGUACGGUGCAAGUUCAAUCUGGAAAUUGCACGUGUCGACCGAUCAGUAAGGAGGCAGGCAAUGGGAGAACUUCUCCGCUCGAACAAUGAUAUCAAGUCUAGUUUUGAAGCCUUACGAUUUGUUCCCGAGACAACUGUCAGUACAAACAAAAUAGUGCUACAGAACCAGGACAAGUUCAGUUUGAAAAUUACAAACCGAAGUGGGCAAGACAUGGUGUUUUAUGAAAUUGUAUGCGAAGGUCAGUCCACCAUCAACGAGGAUGAAGUUGCAUCCGAGUACCACCCCAGAGGGUCCCUUGGCUUCCCUCGUUGGCUCGAGGUGAACCCAGCAGCUGGCAUGAUCAGUCCCGAUCAAGUUGCCGAUAUAUCCUUACAUCAGCAGGAUUUCCACUCGCCGGACGAAUUUAUUGAGGGGAUCCCACAAAGCUGGUGGUCUGAAGACAUGAGGGACAAAGAAGUAAUUUUGUUGGUGAAUGUGAGAGGAAGCUGCUCGACUGAGACCAAGAGUCACCGAGUACACGUUCGCCACAAGUACUCGGGUAACCAAUGCAGCAUCGAGGCGAAAGGUGAUAAUUCUGGUUCCUCCAGAAAACACAGAGCAGGUUCCUACAGAGGUGGACGCUGACUGUAGAAUAGAUUUCUUUAUUAUAUUCAUAUUCUUUUGUUGGAGGUAGUGUUGACGCCCGUCCAUCAUUACAUUAUACCAUCUUCCUGUAAAUUUUCCGGUGGACUGCAUUAUUUUGGUACAUAAAGGUCUCAUUUUUUUUUAUUUUUUUUUUUUG